CCAGCCUGAACACUUACCUAUUCCUCUGUAGCAAUACUCCACACCAGGGCUACCUCCCAACCCUGCAAGUGCUAUCCAAGAAGUUCAGAAGCUCUGCUACCUUACUACAAGCUGCCAGCAUGAGUUACUGGAGGAGGAUUUCCAGUGCACUAGUUUUCUUAUAUCUUCACAUUCUACAGAUCGUGUGGUGUCAGACAACAGUUGCUCCGUGCAAAUCUGGAGAGAACUGUACAACUGCUCUAAUGCACACAACUGUAAGUCCAGAAGUGGCAGUCGUUAGAAUAGUAGAGUGUGCGGCAGACAUAGGAAAAUACUGUGUAAACGGUCAAUGUUUGUACCUGUUAGACGAAGAUGAACACUACUGCAGGUGUGAACAUGGUUAUAUGGGCCUUCGCUGUGCUGACUCAGAUAUUGUAAAAAAACAACCAAUGACUGAGGAAUACUUGGCGCUCAUUAUAUUUUUAACAGCACUGUUGCUUCUAGCGGUUGCACUAAUAGUAUUUUUUGCAUAUAAAUGGUAUGCACUUAAGAAAUCAAGCCAGCCCAACCAAAAAUACAAAGAAGUUAGUACGCAAAACAUAUAGGAAUCCUUGAUUUCCACAAGGGUCAAGGAAAAACUCAUGCUUUUGCAGUUUUUGUGAGGCCACAAUGGAAGCCUUUAUUUCUAUUGUUCAUUAUUUAUAUGUCUUAAAUGGUCCUAACCUUUCAACAAACUUUGCAUAGAUUUAUAGUACAAGUGAAAAAAAUAAACUCUUGAAUAUAUCUUUUUAGAAAAAAAAUGCAUCUGUCUCCACUUAUCAGGCUGCUGUCUCUUUCUCCCUGCUUAGCUCAUUAUUCACUGUGAAAACUGACACAAAUCCACCUUGAGGAACAAGAUGGAAUAUCAGCUCACUGAGAGAUGAGGUUAAGUGCUGCACAAACAAGUUUAUUGAGAGCGGAGGGGGAGAAGGAGUGUGUCGAGUGAGGCAGGCAAAGAGAGAGACACACAUUAUGGCUCCAGCAGCCUGCAAUAAGUGUUAUAUCUUGUCCCAGUGCUUUAUCCACAGCUUUUCCAGCUUAUUGUUCUGUUCUUCAUUUAGUUUUUUUUAGGGUGUGCUAUAGAGAUAUAGGGGAGCAGGAUCUCCUCUUUUGUGAGUCAAUGCAGUGUAUGGGAGACAUUAGUUUAGCUAAUUUAUACCUACUAGCUGAUGGACAACUAAAAUUAGAGAUGCAAAGAAAAAAACUGCUAAAAAAUGCCAUAUAAACAUUAUAUGAUGGCGUGAAAUAGUGCUACUUCUCAUGUACACACAGCGGACAGGUUAUACUAAAAAGUUUGUUGAAAGUUUAGUGACCAAGUAAAUAUCUAUUAUGCACUGCAGGUCAACCACAAACGUGUUAUUUAAUGGUAGUGUUAAUAUUGUAUAUACUAUUUGUGAAAAAAAAACAUCUGACAAACAUUUAUGUAUUUUGUAGGAAACACAAUUUUGUAUGCCACAUUUUAUAUAUGAAUAUUUAUCUACUUUUUAUGUGUUGUAAAUGUAUUUAAAGAAUUUGUUUUGUAAUGUUUGGAAACUGGUGUAGCUACAGGUCUGGAUGUUUAUAUCAUGUUGUGAUUUCUUUAAAUGUACAGAACUGUUGAAAAUCCAUUCCUUAACUUAUUGCUUACUUCUGGUAUAAUGAGUUUUAUAAUAAAUACAUAAAGCUUUACUUUGUAGGGCGGGUGUUCUACCAUGCUUGUUGGCUCCUUAGCUAAGUCUCUAAUGCUGUAUAUCAUUGCUGUCUGUCAAGAGUGCAUCACUGUGAAAGAAAUGACAUCAUUAAUAUUUUUUAUUUUUAUUAACUUAUGAUAAAAUAUAAUUUAAAUAGUUUUUUUUUUGUAUCAAAGGCUUAAAGGGGUAUCUAGUUCAAAGUACCCCAUAGUUUAACUCACUGAGACAAUUGAGCCAUUCCUGUUGCAGGAGGAACCACUAUUUUAUCUUCUCUGUAUUAAAAUACUUUAUACAAAGGUGCUCACUACUAACUCACUACUUCAACUAACUGAAGGGGUUCCAAGCAGGGUACCCCACUCUAACAGGCUUUAAGGCUGGCCUUUAUCAAGAAGAGAUCUAAACACAGGUGGUUUCCCGGAUUUUAAUACUGAUUUUCUUUAGCUUCCUGACAAAUGCUACAGCCUUUUACGGUAACUUUUUUAUAGGUAAUUUUGUAUUUCCUAUAGUAGCUAUGCUUGGUAUUGGGACUGAGUUGCAGAGUGCUUUAGUAACCAGCCACUACAGAAUUCAAGGAGCUCUGCCUGGAAAUUAAUUAAGAAGCCAAUGUGCCUACUGAGUGUUGUGCACCCUAUAAAGGAGUACUCUGGUGAAAAAAAACUAUUUUUUAAAUCAACUGGUGUCAGAAAGUUUUGUAAAUUAUUUCUAUUUAAA